AUGGCCUCAAAAGGACGCAAAAAGCGAGGAAGUAAAGACUCAACAUCCAGCAAUGCUGGAAGUGGUGACGGCGAGGUUGGUGACAAGAAAAAGAAGGAGGGAAAAAAGAAAAGUUCCGGUAGCAAAUCGAUUGGUUGUGAUAUUUUUAAUGAUGCAGCCAUGGACAAUGCCUACUAUGUGUGUCAUAAUGUACAGGAUGUAUUAAAGUCUCGUGGAUUUGCUUGGCCAGACGGUCAGAAGAAAAAGAAAAAGGGCAAACGCUAAUCAGAUGUCUGAUGAAU